AUAUCUCUCCCAACGGAUCUUCCAUGAAAACCGGUUAUACUGACUGUUGAUCUUUGGUCUCACUGCAUCACAACUCCCCAGCGCAAUAAAAUGUUUACCAACGCCAUAUCGACAUCUUGAACGCGACAGUUUUGUCAUUGGUCAACACCACCCAGCUAAUUCCGACCGUGACCUUUCCGAGUAAUUCAAGUUCUAAUGCGACAAUGUCACCAUCGCUUAAUUCUGCUCGAUUGGUCCCUGUCUUGACCUUACUGAGUAAUACAACGUUUAACGGAACAUCGAUAUCUUUGGUCAAUGUCACCCGAUUCAUCCCCAUCGUGACCUUUUCCAGCAUCACUUUAUGGUUCAUCGCCGUGAUCUUUAUCAGUCUGGCCGGUGCCGUCACCGGAUUUUUAUUGGUGACGGCGCUCUUCCACCAGCACAAUUUUAAAGAAGGCGCCAAUCCCUUAAUCAUCCAUUUGCUCGUCAUCGACAGCUUGAACCUCGGACUGCCAACACUUUUAGCCAACGCCGUCAUCUACGCAUCACAAGCGCAACGUCCGUUCCCGGUAGACUGCAUCCCGCUCUUCUUUUCAUCCAGUACACGUUGAUCGCGUUAUCCCACUGGAACUCAGUGUUCCUGGCGAUCAAUCGCCUGAUCGCCAUCACCCUUCCACAUUAUUACCGCUCCGUCUCGCACCCGGCGGUAUUAACCGCAAUGCUGCUGUUCACCUGGGUGGUCAGCCUCAUCUCCACGGUCCCGCAUUUGUGGGGGUAUGCGGCGGUGUAUACGCUGGUCCCGCCUAUUGGGUACUGCGGGACGGUGCCGAAUAAUCUCCCCGUGUACGCGAUUCUCAACGGGAUGACCAAUACCCCGCCGUUUUGCAUACAGGCUUGGCGUAUGUGAUCGUAAUUGUUAGUAUCUUGCGGUCAAAUCGCGUUGCGACUGGGAAGGCCAAGAAUGAUAGAGGCGCCAGCGUCGGCAGCAGGCUAUCGCGGUGAUGUUGAUUGUGUGGUUUCUGUGGUAUUUGUUGUGCUAUGUCCCGACGCCGUUGAUUACCACGUAUUUCCUGGGAUUCUUGAAGCGGAACUGGCCGGUGUUUCUGUGGAUGAAGCUGUUGUUGACGUGCGGACCGGCAGGGACACCGUUUAUUUUCCUGAGCCUGAACGCGGAAUACCGCACAGCGGUGCGCGGUCUCCUGCUGGCCGCCGGACGGGGAACGAGUAUCGACGUGGAAGCAGUGGCUACGUACCGGCACACCUCCAUGCGCUCCAGCACCGAGCGACGCUCCCGAUCCCACUCCGCCAGUGUCACCUUAACCCGGCCCCAUGUUCAAACUGUACUGACCAUCGCUCAUUGA